UCUGGAAUAUCGCUCAGCGUUUGCUCACGACUCCCAUUUCUCCUACAGGAGCGGCAGAGACUGGAGACCAUCCUGAAUCUGUGUGCAGAGUUUAAUCAGGAAGACGGCGCCGCAGAGCUGGUGAGGAGCGGGCUGCGUGGGGGUGCUAGAGGAGCGGACCCAGACUCUGGACGGGGGACGCCUCUAACGGGAGCACACCGAGCCCAGAGAGCGGGGGAGAACGAUGAGGAAAUCCAGAGGGAGGAGUCCAGCAGCACAGAGAGCACACAUCAAGAGUGUGAGGAGCUGUUUGCUGGACAGGAGCAGGUCUACCUGGAGGAGGAGAGGAAGAGGGUCUUGGUUCGGGUUGAUGACUUGAAGUACAGAGUUGGUGAACUGGAACAGCAGCUACAAGAGACCAAACAGGAGGUGGAGAUGGAGCAGGCCCUGCUGCAGGCCGAGCGGCGGGCAGAGCAGGAGCAGGUGGAGGCUGAAAAUGAAAUCAUUGCUCAGCUGCAGCUCAAACUCAGCCAGCUGGACAAGGCCACUCAGAAAGAGAAGGACAAGGGCAGAGCUAAUGUGUCGGCUGAGCGGAAGGCCCUGGAAAAGCAGAGGAAUGAGUACAAUGAGCUGAAGAGGCAGUUUGAUAUGUGCCCCUUGUCUCUAAGGGAACAGUUACAGGAGCCGCUCAGCAGGAAAGCCGAGGCUCUGGAGUGUGGGACCAAGCAGUUUGAGGAGCUGGAGUUUUGCCAGCUGGAGGAGGAGAGCCGCCUAGAGGAGAGGAAGGAGGCCCGCUGCUCGCAGCUGAUCCAGGAGCGAGCCGAGUAUCACAGCAGUGUCGCCAGCAGGAAGGAGCGGAUGGCUGCUCUGGAAGCUCAGGUGAAGCAGCUGGGGAUGCAGGCUUCCCACGACUGCGAGAAAAUCGCAAAAGACCGGACAGCAGCACUGCAGCUUCUACACAAGGAGCAAGACACACUGUGCAGCCUUGAGAAGCGGUACCACACCCUGACUGGAGGAAGAAACUUCCCAAAGUCCUCCGGCAGCAUGAAAGAGGAAUCGCUUCACAUCAGUGAGCCUGACCUUGUUUCUGAGGACGGUCCUCCUCAUAGCCCCUGUCCCUCCUCUUCUCACAACCCCUCCCCUGAGCUCUGUCCUGUCAGGCUGCAAGAGGAGUAUCUCAGGCUGUCUGAUGUCUAUCGGAUGUACGGAGAUCCUUAUUCCUCCUCCCCCGCUGCUCUCCACUGCCUCUCUCUUACUGUAUCUCCAGCUCUGCCGUGCGAGGACUACAUCACAGUGAGUCAGCUAAGCCAGAUCUUUGGGAUGCAGAGAUCUAGGCCUUCCUCUUCCACCUCUACUCCAUCAUUCCAGCUUGCCUCAUCCGAAUCCUCCUUCACGUGCCACUCAGCUGCAUGUGGUCCUUCCUCCUUUCUUUCUGCACAGAGCCAUGCUGAGCUGAGCAGGAAUGCAAUGACUCCCAUUAAUCUUGAGCGCUGGUACCAGGACAUCAUGGCUGCUGGAGACUCUCAGUCAUGUCCUCCACCGCUGCCUGCAAAGUCUUUUUCCUCACGCAGACAUGGGCAGAUGUUAAAGUCUAAAUCGGAUGGUGAGGUUGGACAGGGACCAUCGCCUGCUCAGAUCUGCAGCACUGCACUCCUCUCUCUCUCCAGCGGCGUCAUGCAUGACAGAAAUGCCACCACGACGUUGAUGCUGAGAGAGAAAAACCUGUUAGACAUGGACUCCAGGAAGCAAACAGCUCUGCAGUGCAAAGAUCCAUCUCCGACGGUCCAUCACUCAAUCCUGCACCACCAGCCGCCACCGAGCGGCACCCAGGCGUACGACACCCUGAGCCUGGAGAGCUCCGACAGCUUGGAGACCAGCGUCUCCACUGGCAACUCCGCCUGUACUCCGGAAAGCGCCUGUGGGUUGGAGGCCCAGAGGAUAGAGGAGAUGGAGAAGAUGUUGAAGGAGGCGCAGCAGGAGAAAGCCAGGCUGAUUGAGAACAGAGAGAGGGAGGUGCAGGCUCGGCGGCAGAUGUUGGAGGAGGAGCGGAGGAGGCGAGAGGAGGCCGAGAGGAGGCUUCAGGACGAGUCGGCCCACAGGCGGAGGCUGGUGGAGGAGGAGGUGAAGAUGAGAGAGAAGCACUUCUCCCAGGCCCGUCCAAUGACUCGCUACCUGCCAAACCGUAAGGAGGAGUUCGACCUGCGCGCCCACGUGGAGUCGUGUGGCCACUGCAUCGACACCUGCCCCUUCGUCAUCCUCACUGAGAAAAUGUGCAAAGGCCACCUGGUGAAGAUGGGAGGCAAGAUCAAAUCGUGGAAGAAACGCUGGUUCGUUUUUGACCGUCUGAAGAGGAACUUCUGCUAUUACGUCGACAAGCACGAGACCAAGCUGAAAGGGCUCAUUUACUUCCAGGCCAUUGAAGAGGUUUACUAUGAUCACCUGCGCAGCGCCGCCAAGAGUCCAAAUCCAGCUCUGACCUUCUGUGUGAAAACUCACGACCGGCUUUACUACAUGGUGGCCCCGUCUGCGGAGGCCAUGAGGAUCUGGAUGGACGUCAUAGUAACGGGCGCGGAGGGCUACACGCAGUUUAUGAGCUGAGAGACGGACGCUAGGAGGAGGAGGAUCACGAGAGGAGAAAAGGAAGCAAGUGGACGUCGGCACGCUGACCUGCUUCCUGCCGGAGCUGACGGGAAUGGAGUUAACGUCCGGAGCGCAGGAACGUCUGAGGAGAAGAAAUAACUUCACGACGCCGUAAACUGAACGAAGGCUCGGUCCUGACAGAGGCGCGUUUUAACGACAUGAAGUCGCUUCUGAAUGUGCUUUAAACGAUUUCAGGUGGAACAAUUUUCAAGAUUUCUUAAUUUUUUUUAAA